UAGUCCUUUCCAUUCACCUUUCCUUUUUUCAAACUUUCUCUCCGCGCCGGUCAGGAAUCGACGCGCUGAAGCUCUAUACGGCUCCUUAACACAAUCGUCCUCCCUCUUCGUGCCGCGCACACAUUCUUUCCGACUCGAAGUCGUCCUCUUUGUUACCCUUCCCUGAGCACCGUCUUCACUCCCUCGCCCGCAUUUCAAGAUGUUGUUCCGUCAGAUCCUCGUUCCCGUUGCUCUUGCCUUCAUCAGCUCUGCUGCCGCUGCCCCCACCAUCAUGGGUCGUGCUGGUGACUCCGUCGCAUAUGCCGGUUUCGCUCGUAAAAAUAGCGCAGCUCAAUCUAGCAGCACCGCUGCCUCGGCCGACAGCUCGGCGGCGAACUCUACUGCUGUUGAUAGCGCGUCAGCGGCGAACUCGACUUCUGUCGACAGCUCUGCAGCCAACUCGACUUCUGUCGACAGCUCUGCAGCCAACUCGACUUCUGUCGAUAGCUCUGCGGCGAACUCCACUUCGGUUGACGCUGGAUCCGCGAAUGACACCGCCGCCGCUGCUGGUGCUACUGCUACGGUUACGGUGACAGUUACCGCCGACGUCGCGGCUGCCACUGGUAACGCUACGGCUACAGCCGCAAAGAAGGCUAAGGCCAAGGCUGCAAAGGCCGCGAAGGCUGCGAAGAAAAAGGCGGCUGCAGCUGCGAAGGCAGCUGCCGCAGGCAACUCUACUGCUGCCGCCUCCAGUUCGAACUCGACUGACUCUGCCGCUGCCGCCGCCGCCUCGGACGCUGCCGCCACUGCGGCUGUGACUGACUCUGCCGCCGCCGCCGUUGCUACUGGU